GUGUCGACGUCACCACUCGGUCCUCACUGUCAACUCCAAAAUAAAACGCGAAGGGAAGGAAGGGGAAACUUGUGUUACGUACUCCAGAGGCGGUGGUGUAGUUUAGCCGACUCGCUGCUAUAGCUAACGUCAAGUUGGAAGAAAAAAAAGUGGAGCAGACGGAGGCAGAACGAGGGGCUCGCCCGCCUACACAGACCUAUGCGACGGACAGCAGGUGAGUGAUGGAGACAAGAGAGUUGACCGUGGUAGCUGGCAGCUUCGUGACCUUCCAGCUACUCUUCUCAGUGGCCAGCCCGUGGCUCUCCUCCGCCAUCGCACCAGGUUAUCGACGGCUGCCUACCACCAAACUGACUGAAUGGAAUUCCAGGUUGGUGUCGACUGUGCACGCUCUGAUUGUGGGCUUGUUCUGUCUGUACAUCCUGUGGUUCGAUGACGCCGUCAACGCAAACCCCGUCUGGGGCGACCCCAGUCUUGUCAAACUAAACGUAGCCAUAACCUGUGGUUACCUCCUUUAUGACCUUGUGCUGCUAGCUUGUAACUGGAGCACUAUGGGAGACAGCUUCUUCGUCUGUCACCACUUGGCGGCGCUGUAUGCAUAUGGAUAUGUUUUGACUCGUGGCGUGCUUCCCUACUUUGCCAACUUCCGUCUCAUUUCAGAGCUGUCCACGCCAUUUGUGAACCAAAGGUGGUUCUUUCAGGCAUUAAAUUUCCCCCGCUCGCACCGCUUGGUGGUGUUAAACGGUGUCGCCAUGUCGGUGGUCUUCUUCCUGGUACGCAUUGCCGUGAUGCCGUCUUACUGGGUCAGUGUGUUCGCCACCUUUGGCACCGAAGCAUUUGAGCGGUUGGGUUUGGGCGCCCAGGUUGCCUGGAUCACCUCCUGCAUCGCUCUGGAUAUCUUGAACACUAUCUGGAUGUACAAGAUCACCCUCGGCUGCUACAAAGUGCUGACCGGCGCGGGAGGGAGGAAGGACAAGGGAGGAGCGCAGGCGUUGUCGACUUCAGACGGAAAGUACAUCAACAACCACACGGACUAAAGAGAUGAGAUGUACAAGACGUGUAGACGGAGACAAAAGCAGGGAGGGAGGCUGGACACACAGGAACCUUUGAGCCUCUCUAUUUUGCUAUAGCCUCAGCAUCCUCUCUACCCUUGCUUCAAUCCUCCAGUUUUAGCCCCAGUCUCAUUGAAGUCGGCAACUGGGCCAGGCUAAGACUGCUCAGGUUCUGACUCCAACGCAGGACAAGGAGACUGCUCUUUGACUCACUUAAGCACCAGCCUUUGCAGCCUCAGUGUUUUCCUCCACUGACAGAUCAGUAUCCUGCUGGGUGAUAGCUUUUGGCCGCAGACGACAAGGUAGAGCUCACAAGCACACUUUUAACUCCCGUCUGUCAUUCGUCCGUUUCGUCUUCAACCACCAACCACCACCACCAUUCCUCUCCCAUCUCCCCCUCAGUCUCCUGUCACACUCAACUUCAGCCAAAGCCCAAAUCCUCUGAAGUGCCUGUGAACGACAGGGAAGCAAUAAUAUCAGAGUAAAGUAAAGGUCGCAAAAUUUCGACGUAGUUUAGCCCCUUUCAGACGACGACGGCCCUCUCUCUCGCCUGCUGCUGCUGCUGCUCCCGCACGACUGGAGGCCUCUUCUGUUUUUCGAUACCGCGUCCGCGCUCAAAGGAGACGUGGUGUGCAGGGAGAAGAACUCGGACAUCAGACCAAUCAAGUGUUUGUGAAUCUAUAGGGCUUUUGUCUUGAACUCAUCAGACCUCACAAAAAGAGACAGAAAAAACACCAUAAUGCCUCUUCAACAGUAUCACCUGCUGUGGCCUCCUUGUAACAAGUGGCGCCUGCCUAUAUCACCAGCCAUGCCCCUCCCAACGUCCUUUAUAAUUUGGAUUAUAUAUAUAUCAGAACAAACUGAGAAUAAAAUGCAUGCGAGAGAGGAGAGAGAGGGAGAGACUCACAGGAGAAGUGAUACCUUGUCAGUAUUCAUCAUGUUUGGCAUCACUUUGCUGUACCUGGUUCUCUUAAUUCUCUUUAGUGGUCACAGUCACACAUGUCUGACUCUGAUGUUAUCAUCCAUCCAUUGCAACCCUCUGCCUCACUGGAUAGAUGUCUUCUAUCCAGCUCCAAUAUUUGAUUUUGUUCUACCUCUCCCCUGCCUUACAGACACUUUGUCAGUCCUUUCUUCAUGGUUUUAUUUGAUUUUUUUUUGUUUUCUUUGUACUCUACUGUACUUUAGCCUUUAAAAUGUAAUAUCACUGGUGCAGAGGGGGCUUCUCCUUCUCUGCUAACACGUCUGUAGAGCUGAUCCCAGACUGCGCAGGGGAAGAGUGGCAUCACUUUUCUGACUUA